UCCCGCACAUACUGCACCAUCUCUCUGCCCCGAUCCAGACGACCACCUCUCUGCCCCGAUCCUCCUGACCACCCACCGCCGACCUGGCUCUGGCGAGCCACCCGCCGCCGGCCCCUGGCUUUGGCGCCACCCACGGACGCCUCGACACGCCACCCGACACCGCCUCCUGCCUCCGGCGCUCUACCCCCGCUGCCCCCACAACCUCGACGCGCCACCCUCCUCCGUCCCCGCGGCCUCGACGCCCCACCCUCUCCCGCCACCACGGUCUCGACGCGCUACCAGCCGCAGACCCCCUGGAUCCGGCUGCGCGCCACCGUUGACGCCCCCAAGUCCCCCACGGCCCAGACGCGCAAAUCCCCCACGGCUCCUCGGACCAGAAGCACCUCCUGCAGCGAUCCCCUUAGCCUCGCUGUCGCUCCCACCCAGACCCGGAUGCAUCUCCUGCAGUCGUCCCCUCCCCCUGGCCCCGACGAGCCUCCUGCCGCCCCGCAUCCCCGACGCGCCUCCAGCGGUCGGACCUCCAGAAGCAGAGCAGACCCCAUGCUCCUGCAGGUCAACUGGGACUCCCACGGACGGUCAAUCUCCACUGGCGCCCUUGCAUCGUCUCUUGCAUCGCAAAAAGUCCUUCUCCCCCUUUAAACUGCCAGCGAUGGCAGCGGUGUCCGGGUUCAGUCUUGCUCGCCUCCUGACCAACCACCGCCUCCCCAUCCCUCCGGGCGACCUGCAGCUGGGGGAGGUCUCGAACUACAGCUGGAGGAGGUCUCAACCUGCAGUGAUUUGCACAAACACUUCACCUGGAAGUAUUGACUUGCAGCUUAUCGCGUCUGCCGCUGCCGCCAAGGUCCACAUACAGUCGAUGCUGCGGCAACCACCCCCGCCACUGUCUGUUGCCGAUGCGUGCAACCACGUUCAGCCGCCCACUGGACGUGGGCACAGAGGCAGGGCCACGCCGAGGGAGCUCGAGCUCCACCACCCGCAGCCGCUUCCCCUGCAGGUUGUACACCCCACCGACCACACCAUCUUCUUCUCCUCCUCUGUUCUCUUGCCUCUUUGCUUCUGAAGUUCAAGAUGUUUUAAAAAGCGGAAAAACAAAAGGCAGAAGUUCAAAGAUGAAAUUUGAAGAAGGAAAUAUGCAACAAUCAAAGAAGUGGCGGUCUCAUUACAGAGAAGGAGAAUGCCUUACGAUCCAGCCGAGUUGACUCCUGCCAUGGGCACUACAUAAUUAUCACUGGAUGCCCAUGGUCACCGGUGCUGGAUAAUUAGCACUGAAUGACUUGCAAUCGAGAAGAAAGUUGUGCCCAUAACCCGUGGAGAUCUAUCACGUUGUGCAGUUGGUCGUGAUGUCUCCUGGAGCUUCAAUUUUAUGACCCUGAUGCAUUUUCUUCUUUUUUGAUGUGCCAUUUGAAGUAUAAAUUAUCACUAGAUGCCCAGGCGUGUGCACAGUAUGUGUUUGUGUUAGUUCCGGACAGGUUCCAUCAUGUACUAAAUGGUGAUGGAUAGAGAGAUCCAUUAUUCAUUUGUAUAGAAGUUCAAAUUUAAAUAAAAUAGAGGUUCAAUGUUUAUGAAA